CCACAAAGGCUUUAGCCAACAUGACGCCGCAUGAAGCGGCGCAUGGCAACAAGCCUAAUCUCUCCUCCUUGCAUGAGUGGGGCCGGAAAAUCCUGAUCCACGAUGCUUCUGGAUCAAAACUUGAGAGUCGAGCACGGGAAGGACGUUGGAUGGGCUUCGAUGAUGAAAGCAAAGGUCACCGCAUAUACUUUCGAUAUCAAUACAGGACCUGCCUUCGGGCUUGAGGGGGAGGAUACUCCUACAGCGACCCAAGCACCUAAAGAAAAUCAAAUCAUUGAGAUUUUUAAUGAUGGAGAUGCACCUCCCGAUCCAU